AAGCAGAGCUAAAGAAAACCUGAAGUCAGCCAAGUAGCUCCAGAAGAAAACGUAAGCUACAAUGUUCACCAAAACUUUCUCUGCCGCUGUGGUCAUCAUUCUGCUCUAUAUAACUGCAUCAGAAGCUAUGACUUUAGCAAGAACAGUGUCAGAGUUACGGUGUCAGUGCAUCAAGCUUGAUUCAAGGCAAAUAUCUACUAAACUAAUGAAUAGCGUGGAGCUCAUACCCAGUGGCCCCCACUGCAAAAAUGUUGAAGUAAUCAUUACUCUUAAAUCUGGGGACCUGGUUUGUGUUGACCCCUCUGCUUCUUGGGUACAGAGAAUUAUCAGAAAGAUAAUAGAAAGUCAAGAAAACAAGCAAGAAGCAUCAUCAGUAUCUCAGCAAUGAAAACUUCUUUCUCAUCCUCCACCCAAUCGUGGAUCUUACUAUUGAAUUAUUUAUUUUUCAUCAUAAUAAGAAAUAAUUAUGUAUUAUUUAUUUAUUUAAUACAUAUUUGCUUCAUUUAUGUGCAGUUGGGCGUUAAUUAUGUAGAAAUAUACCUAAUUUUAACUUAACUGGAGAGGAUUAAACUGCAAUGGGAAUUGUAGACAGGAAUUGUGAGUUUUACAUAUAACCUUAGGUGAGCUGGAAAACUUGGCAAAACCAUUUAUUCCAAAAUUAUAUUUUAAAUGUAUAAUUAAUGAGUUUGCUAGAUGAUAUUUUGUAGGUCUUAAGAUAUCGGUCCAUGUAACAUUAUUGCACAGCACACAUUUUUCUUGAAGCAGACUAUAAAAUGUUUCUUUUAUGUACAGUAUAUGAUAAACAUAAUUAUAAGAUCUUAUGAUCGCCAAGCUUAUUAGCUCAAGUCAA